ACCACUGUCGUUGAUUCCUAAAAUUGACAUUUGUGUACUCGGAAAAUCACAACUCUUGCUGAGCAACAAUUCUAGUAUAUACAUACUUCUGGAAGCACGUUCCAUGUGCGUUGAAUUAUACUUGCAAUGCAGAUUUCCUUUCAUUUCAAUUUAAGCGGUAACAUCAAAAAACUGUUAUCAGUGAAAAUUUGUAUCUCCCGGUUUUCCGAUGGGCCCAUCCGCCCCUGGUUUCUUCAUUAUGGAAAAAGCCAAUUGAUGAUCGUUCUAUUUUUGUAUUCACCGUCUAUCAUCUUGUUUCGAAUUUUAUCAUUGUGCACAGUUAAUCUUUUAAUAUUGCACUCUUUCCUUAUAAUUUUCCAUUCAAUAUUUAUUUACACUUUAUUUCAAUUCCACACAUUAAUUAAUACAUACAUGUCUUAUUUACAACGCAUGCGAAUUUGUUUACUAUUUCUCAGUCGUAAUACGCGCGUUGAUAAAUCACUACUUACACCAUCCAUUAUCUGCUACAAUGUAAUUUUGGUACGUCAAAGUGUUUUAAGAUAUUUAACAUUCAAAAUGCUCUCCAAUGAAAGUUGUGCUGCAAUGAUGCCUCCAGAAACAGCUGAAAUGAAACGACAUGUUUUAAAUAGAAAACGGAGACUAAGAUCUCUAAUAGCUUACUGGAUCCUUGGACUAUGUAAUAAUUAUGGCUAUGUAGUCAUGUUGACAGCAGCCAAUGACAUAAUAGCCGAACAAAUAGGAACAAAUUCUACUAAUCCAGAGAAAAGCAAAGCAAGAGACUGUACAUAUUUAUCGACUGGUGCUAUUUUAUUAGCAGAUGUUCUCCCUGCACUUUGUAUAAAAAUAGUAGCCCCAUUUUUACCUUUCUUUGUCCACAUUAGGGUAGCAAUUUGUGUCGUGAUUGCAGCUACAGGGUUCAUGUGUGUGGCUUACAGUGAAACUCUGGUUAUAUCCUUACUAGGUGUUGUCUUAACAUCAUUGUGUUCAGGAUUAGGCGAAGUUACUUAUAUGCAAUACAGCAGUUACUAUGACAAAAAUGUGGUGUCAACCUGGAGCUCGGGUACAGGCGCAGCUGGUGUAAUAGGAGCCUUAUCCUAUACCUUUUUACAACAGUUAGGAAUGAAGACAACUUUACAAAUUUUAUUAAUUGUUCCUGCUAUGAUGGGACUAUCUUUUUGGAUCCUACUUCCAAGUCCAUCAGAGGAAGAUAUUGCUCACGCUUUGCAAAUUCAAAAGAUUGUUAAUAUGGAAGAAUUAAAAAAUCCUUUAGAAGUGAUAAAAAAGAAAUUGUCACUGAUUCCAGGUCUUAUGAAGUAUAUCCUUCCAUUUUCAAUAGUAUAUGUUUUCGAAUAUUUUAUCAAUCAAGGCACUUUUGAAUUAAUAAAGUUUAAAAAUUCUGACAUUAGUUCGAGUGCUCAGUAUCGAUGGUUCCAAGUUACUUACCAGGUUGGUGUAUUUCUAUCAAGAUCAUCUGUUAACUUAUUUCAUAUUAAACAAACAUGGUGGAUGACGCUCUUUCAGGCUAUAAACGUCGUAAUAUUUACAACAGAAGCAAUUUAUUAUUAUAUUCCUAAUUUCUACAUUGUUGUGGUGCUGGUUUUGUGGGAAGGACUACUAGGAGGAUCAUCCUAUGUAAAUACAUUUUACAGGAUCUCAACUGAAGUUUCUGAAGAGAACAAGCAGUUUUCAAUGGCUAUAACAACAUUUGGCGAUAGUGUUGGUAUUACAAUAGCUGGUUUUCUUGCUAUUUUAGCUCAUAACGGUAUAUGCAACAUUCCUGAACCUUAACAUAGUAUUAAUUUUAUUUUAUGAUAAUUUUAAUAAAAAUAUUUUUGUCUCGAACUUUGUGUUAGUGUCCAAUUAGUGGCCAAGUGUAUUUACCCACACAACUGGUGGUUUCCUACAAAAGUAAUAAAGGAACAGAAUUAAAUUUGAUUUUUUAUAUUAAUAUUAUGUCCUUCUAAGCAUAAAAGUCGUAUCUGCAUUUUUGGUUAAUUUGGAGUUAAUAUCUUCUUCGUAGACGUUCAACUGUGGCGCGCCAUAUUCACAGAACACUUGCCAUAUUUUUAAUGUAUUUUUGCAGUAGAAAUACACGUUAUACAUUCAAAACUAAUUGUCAUUUCGGUUGGGUUCGGCUCCCAAGGCUAGGGUAGUAAGG